AUGAUUAGCGUUAGAAGCUGUCUAAGGCUUCUUCGAGGGCCCAGAAUUGUAAAUAGGCGGUACAAGUUCUCUACAAUUUCAGAAAACAGUUCAAGUGAUGACAUCAUAGAAAAAGUUUCACCCGAAAGAUAUGAUCCGUAUGCUAACCUUCCAGAGUCAAGCUACUCGUUCGACUCUUCCAUUUCUCCAAAAGCAUAUCCCAAGCAGUAUAAGGAUAUGAAGUACUGGGUCGAAGGAAGUGACGAUUUUGGUCUAGAUAAAGUGAAAGUGAAUAUGAAAGACUACUUUUCAGGCGAUCUACAUCAGAGUCACAAGAUCUUUGUUGGCCAGCACCAGAACUAUAAGCAAGGACAAAAAGUCGAGCAGAGAACUUUUUUGGACCUUCGACUUGUGCGUUUGAAGUCUGGUGAUGGAGGCAAUGGGUGCGUGUCAUUCUUCAGAGACGCCAAUAGACCCGUGGGACCUCCAGAUGGAGGAGAUGGAGGAAAUGGUGGAAACAUUUAUGUGCAUGUGGUGAAAAACAUGGGGCUGUUGCAUGGAAUACAAUGGAGUUAUCAGGCUAAAGGCGGAAAAGCAGGCUCCUCAAGACAAUUGGAUGGGAAAAGAGGCGAGGACGUGAUUAUAGAGGUCCCGGUUGGCACGACAAUGAGGUGGAUCCCAGAUCCUUUGGCAGUGAAGAAGCAGCUCAAGGAAGUCGGUGAUAUUCUGAAAGUGACGAUGUCAGUGAGAUUUACUCCAGACAGGGAUAUUCAGCUCUACAAGAACGAUUACUCUCCUGGCGAAGGCUGGACAUUCAAGGAAAAGGAUGAAGACUACCACCAGGAAAGAGAGUACUUCAAUGAGCUUAAUGAGCAAGUGAAGGAUUACGAUAGAGAGAUUAUGGCCGAAGAACUCACGUACGAUCGGUUCCCCUUUAUGGGACUAGAUUUCGAUAAGCCCACAGACAAGCCGGUGCUCAUCAUGAAGGGCGGCAAAGGUGGUAUGGGCAACAUGCACUUCCUCACCAAAGAUGUGAGGAACCCCAGAUUCAGCAAGAGGGGUCGUAAGGGACUCUGUGAGUUUUUCAUGUUAGAGCUCAAGCUUUUGGCAGACUUGGGUCUUGUGGGAUUGCCCAAUGCCGGUAAGCUGACUCUUCUAAGGGCCAUUUCCAAGGCUCGUCCACGCGUUGGCCAUUGGGAGUUCACCACUCUUCAACCAACGAUUGGAACAAUAUUCACGAGAAUCGACCAAGAUCCUUUUACUGUCGCAGACAUUCCAGGUAUCAUAAAAGGCGCCUCUGAGAACAAAGGAAUGGGGAUGGAUUUCUUGAGGCAUAUCGAGCGCAGUGGCGGUAUUGUGUUUGUUGUUUCUUUGGAGUCCAAAAAUCCAUCGAUGGACUUGCAAGUAUUAAUUGAUGAAGUUGGCGAGAAGCGAAUGAAGGGUAAGAGAGUGAUGGUUAUAGCAACCAAAGCAGACUUGACAAAAAAUGGUGACAGCUACAGGGAACUAGUGAAGUUCAUAAAGGAGAAAGACGGUUCUUGGCUCUACAUUCCAGUCUGUGCACCAAAAGGUGAAAACAUCGAGAGCGCAAUUGCAAUGAUGGGGCUGCUUGCCAGGGGUAAGCAGAGCGACUAA